AAUUAUAUUUUUAGUAAUUGAUUACCAUGUAGUUGCUUGGAAAUAAACACAGAAAACAUAAAAUAAUGUACUAGGAGGAGAACUCUACAGUGUAAAAGCCUCUCCUGUUUUUCCAUUAUAAAUAAUCUUAACAUCACUAAGGCAAACAUAGGAAGCAACAAGGUUUUUACAAAAGCUAAGUGUGUGAAAAUUCUGCUUUUGAUAUCUCUGAAAAUCUAGUCAAGCAGUGGGUGCAGAUUGGUAAGUACUACGGAUUUGGUUAUCACGAUUUUAAUCAAAUUACUCUAUCAACGUGACAAUAUAUUUUAGGCUGAGGUAGAUCAAUGACAACUAAACACGCAAAUGAAGAGGAAGGCUCCCAAAUAAAAAAAAACCUUGAUGGUUGGAAGUUUCCGAAAAUCCCCAUUGAUCAAGUGUACAAGAAAAAAGUAUUUAGGAUAUUUCCAAGCUAUGCUGUAAGAGACUAUGAACAAACAAUCACACUGAAAGCUGCUAACCAAAAUGUAUCAGCUAAAUUACUUACUAGGGAUUUUCUAAAAGGCUUCAUAAAGAAGCAACAUAAUUUUAUGCACUUGGGUUUGGUCCAAAUAUCUAUCAAGCCACUGAUGAGAGAUGGCUUAGAAGCUCCAAUAAUCGUGUGUGUUAGAGACGCGAGGCACUCUAGCUUUAAGAACUCUUUGUUAGCACUUGUGGAAGCAAAUCUGUCUCAGGGUCCAAUCUAUUUUAAUUGCUUCCCUAGCUUUUCGGUCUCUUUGGCCGAUGCUUCUUCAUUAGAUGUCCUUACCGUAAAUGUCAAGUCUGGAGGAAUACCUCUAGCAUUGACAUACAGGGUAGUGUGUAAGGCAAUGACAGAUUUAAGCUCUGAGGCACUUAAGCAGCCGGUUUUGGGAGAAACGACUUAUUUUCUUCCGGGUUCUGAGACUGGAAGCACAACAAACUGGGAUAAGGUGCUAGUCUCCCAGUCGUGGACUUGUGAACCAGAGCCUGAAGCACAGAAUGCACAUGUAUUCCAGACGACCCUUCCAGACGAAGAUGAAGACGAUGGAGAAGCAGAUGAAGACGAGUAGUGAUGUGAAGGAUGGAAAAACUAUUCAUUACUGCCCUUAAGCUCCUUCAGUUCUGUAUUGUUUUGAGUAGCCAGACAUUAGUAGUAUUAGUUGGUACUUGGUAGUAGUUUGUUUUUAUUACAAGUAUAUUGCAGUCCCUUGUAUUUGAGGCCUAGCAUGUGUUUUAAGCCACAUCAUGUGUUAAGUCAUACUCCGUAGAAGUAUAAUAAUUCUUCUAUAUAUGUGUAUCUAUAAUGUUCCUGACUUCCUAUUAUUGUCAAAAGAUUAGAGGCAA